CCCAUGAGAAAAAAAAUGUCCUUUUACUUGGGGGAUUAAACCUACCCUUCUUAUUUUUAAUGUUAGAUAUUGUUAAGUGCGCGGGUAUAGAUUUCAUGGGCGUGCAGUUGAAUACGAUUUAAUCUCACCGCCGGUUAUGCUCUCGUUUCACGUUCGUUGUUUUUAUAUUUCGUAGUAGAAAAGUCGCUAGUAUUAACAAAAAUAAAUUAUUUAGUUAAAUGUUUCUCGAAAUGAAAAAUAUUGUUUAAAAAUUCUCGAAACUUUGACUUUUUGAAUGCAUGAAAAUCAGAGGAAAACAUAAGCAAAAUUGAAACACAAUGGACGAAUUGGAUACAAAUUCUUCGUCGAGCGAAGCUCAAGAGGCAAUUGCUUUGAAAAAAGCCCUAGAAUGGGAAUUGAGUUUGGAUUCAAGAGACUUAAGAUCACAUGCAUGGUAUCAUGGACCUUUGCCAAGGCAACGAGCAGAGGAAAUUGUUCAAAAAGAAGGUGACUUUUUGAUAAGGGAUUGUGCAUCACAGCCAGAUAAUUAUGUAUUGUCAUGUAAAACAAAGGCAUCUGUUUUGCAUUUCGUUAUCAAUAAGAUUCUUUUGCAACCCGAAACCGUUUACGAGCGAGUUCAAUAUCAAUUUGAAGAAGAUGCAUUUGAUGCUGUCCCUGACCUUAUCACUUUUUAUGUGGGUUCAGGUAAAGCCAUAUCAGCAGCUUCUGGAGCUCGCAUUCAAUACCCAUGCAACAGAAUAUAUCCCCUCUCAUUCUACGGCCACAAAAUUGUCGGUAAUCAGCUCCACACACAAAUGUUGGCAGGAAUCCGAGGAGGCAGUCCCCUCAGUUCACCUUCGCUGACAAGUCCCGGAUUUCGUUUUACUCCAUACAACCAACAAAACAAUAGUUACAAAAGUCCAAUGUCUUCUCCACCUAGAACAAAACGAGAUACCCCACCAAGGCUUCCAUCAAAAAAGCAACGUUCGCAAUCCCUCACACCACAAUCUCAAUCAUCGGCAGUUUCUGGAGUAAAAGGCGCUGAAACGUGUUCAAGUGCAGAUGGAAUUAUUCAGCCCAAUGAGAGUUCAACACAAAAAUCAACAUCAGAUUUAAGACGAUUAAAAAGCGGUGAUAAAUCUUCAAGUGUUGAAGGAUUUUCCCCACAUGCGAUGGGUAAUCACUGCAAUGGAUUUCAGACAAUUGCCCGAUCAACCAUAAGUGAAUCUGUUGAACAUGUCAAAUUUACUACUCACUCACUACCACGACCGAGUGUUGGAAGUCUACGAUUUGCUUCAAUGAAGAAUCAAAGUCUGAAUCGUGAAUCAACUGAAUCUACUUUAAGUCCUUGUAUUGAAAGUAAAAAUUUGUCAGAAAACUCUGACAAACCACCUAGUCCUCCACCAAAACCAGUAAGACCUCCGGCACUGCCUAAAAAGGAGAAAGACUUAUUGCCACACGAGCAGUUUGCUUUUAAUAGAGUAGGGUCAUAUCAUGCAAGUGGAUCCGAUUCCGGAAAUGGCUCCGGUGACUCUGUCCAUAGUUCAACUCCUGGCGAUGUUAGUGACUCCAAUCAACAUCGAGGAGUUAUAAUAAAAAAUCCUAGAUUUUUGCCUAACUCUGCUUCGUCUGUAACUUUGAAAAGCUUGACUGAAUUUGAUGUUGCCGAAGCAGAAGAAGAACUAUUAGCAAUGGAAUGUCCAAUUAUUGAACCGGUCUCAAAAUUCGAUAUUGAAAAUUUCAGUACACUUCUUUUGCCUUCAAUUGAAAAUAAUCCACUCGAUGGCGAUGCUUUGUGUACAUUUAAAAUGAUGCUUUUAGAAUCAGGGCCUAAAAUAAUUGCAGAACAUAUUACUCGUAUUGAUAUUAAUUUAAUAAUUGACAAAGUAGCUGAAAUUGAAGAUAAUGAAGCAAAUAUACUUCAAUGCUGCGGUCUUGAACUUCUAACAUUACCACAUGGAACAACAUUUAGAAAUGAUCUUUUAGAAAGAACUCAAUGUAUGAAAUUGAUGGUUGCCGUUACUAUAUUGACUUGUCAAACCGAUAUGGAUCGAGCUGAAAUACUUAGCAAAUGGAUACAAGUUGCUGUGGAUACCAAAACCGCACUUGGAAAUCUUUUUGGUUUUAGUGCAAUUAUGUUGGGAUUAUGCAUGCCGCAGAUCCAGCGUUUGGAUAAUGCAUGGCAUAUCCUACGACAAAAAUUCACAGACAGUGCAUUUACAUUCGAAGCUAAGCUCAGGCCAACAUUGAAAAAUAUGAAUGACUGUUCGAAUCCUCAAGCACCUAAUACAACAGUUCCUCAUGUGCUCUUGUAUAUUUUAUUAAGGGAUAGAAUAAUCGAGGACGUGAUGAAUAACUCAGUUGCUGAAAAAUCGUCCUUAAUUACUACAUGUAUUACUCCUUGGGAAACAAAAGCUGAUGAUUUUGGGAUGUCAAUUUGUUUUUUACACCUUGAUUCAGCUCGAGGAUUUUUAAAGAAUCUUUCACUUUUUAGAAAGAACUCAAAAACAGUUAUGGACGAAUCAAAUUCAAGAUUGGAUGAGCUUUUGAGUGAUGCGUUUAGGACUGAAUUUCAUAUAAAAUUCUUGUGGGGUAGCAAAGGCGCCCUUGCCACACCCGAAGAUCGGCAUUCAAAGCUAGAGAAAGUACUCGCAUUAAUGGCAGAUAAGUUUUGUAAUGCUGACAAUAUAUCUGCAGCACCCUAAGAAUU